AUGCUCAAAAUGGCAGACGCCUGCGCAGAUAGUAGCAAGCAGACCCGCUUCCACGAAAUGCACGUGCAAAGGCAUAACAACGUCAGCAUUCUUUACGCAGAUAUCGUCAACUUCACACCACUGUCGGAGCGACUCAGCGCCUCUGACCUGGUGAAGACCUUGAACGAGCUCUUCGGAAGAUUCGAUCAAAUAGCACAGGAAAAUCAGUGUAUGCGAAUAAAAAUCUUAGGAGAUUGCUACUACUGCGUUUCUGGACUACCUGUUUCCAGGCCGAACCACGCUUACAAUUGUGUCAACAUGGGCUUGCAGAUGAUAGACGCUAUACGUUUCGUCCGAGAAGCGACUGGCUUUAAUGUGGAUAUGCGAAUCGGGAUACACACUGGCAACGUGCUGUGUGGUGUGCUCGGCCUCCGCAAGUGGCAGUUCGAUGUCUGGAGUGAUGACGUUACGCUCGCUAACCAUAUGGAAUCUGGGGGGAUCGCUGGUCGUGUCCACAUUACGAAGGCCACCAUGCUGCAGCUCGCAGGCAAGUUUGAGGUGGAGCCAGGGGACGGUGCUUCCAGAGAAGGGUAUCUUGCUGAUCAUAAAGUGGAAACAUACUUGAUUGUUCCGCCAAAGAAAUCAUCUGAAAACGGGCGUCUGUCCGUCUGCACUAUAGACAGAAAGGCUAGCAUCGUGUCUUCGAUUUACCAGGACGUGUCGCCGACAAAACCGCGCGACAGCAUUAGUCCGGCACCCUCGCAGCACAGUUUUAACGAACAAGAGGUUGUCAAAGUCAUGAGAGCUGAAUCUAUGAGAAAUCCUGACUUGAGCAGGCGGGCUUCUGUCAAGAUUGAAGGGCCCAAAACAGUGGCGUUCGAGAACAACAACGCUACGAGUCCUGGCGAUGCGAUGGGUAAUGGGUCAGUAGUGGCCAAACCUAAGAGCCGUAGUGGGUCCAUCAUUGGAGCCAUUAGUCCAAUAAUGGGAACAGCUGUACCCGGCGUGCCAAGUAGAUCACGCCCUUCGAGCAAGAUGACUAAGUACGUCGAAUGUUGGGGUGCGGACAAGCCUUUCGCGAACAUCACAGACUCCACAUUGGCUAAGAAUAUUGGCAUAUCGAGUCUGGCAAUGAUUGAGCAAAACCUACUACCCCAGAGAACCUGUUGUGACUGCAGCACUAAUUCAGAAGGUAUGAGUCGAGUCACCCUUUGGUUCAAGAACAAGACACAAGAGAGCCAAUACCGCGGUCAGCCAGACACACAAUUCAAAAAUUACGUGGCAUGCGCGUGCGCACUGUUUAUUCUUCUCGCCUUUAUACAGCUGUUUACAUUGCCCAAAGGAAUUGUGCUAUACGCAUCGUUCGGACCAACACUUUUGACGCUGGUCGUCUUCGUGUACCUCUCGUGGUAUGACGGCCACUUCGCUUCAGGAGGAAUGCAUCUUCUCUCCGAUGCCUCGGACAUGUUAUAUUCAGAUAACUGCGCUAAGCCUGGGCAGGUAGUUGCGAGCAAUUGUUACAUUCGAUUGACAAUGUUUAUGGUGUCUGCUCUCUUAAUUGGCGCCUGUGCUGUUAUCAAUCUAUUCCAGACUUACCUCAUUCAAGAGUUCCCGACUGAAGUUUGGGUAAAGAACUACACCAACGCCACGAACAUAACAGGAAUUAGCAUCAAUAUUGACGUGGAAUCUGCUCCGAGUUACCUGUAUAGCUCUGUUUUGACGUUAGCGUCAAUAUCGGUGUUUCUUCGUAUAGGCUUCGUGCUGAAGCUGAUCUUCAUGAUACUUAUCCUCAUCGUCCACAUUACCCUCUUCGCAUCAGCAGAACUCUUCAGCCAAUACCAAUAUCGGGAUUUUGAUACAGAGUUUUCAAUGCUCCCGUACUCAGCUAAAGCCGGUCUGGUGUUGGUAUUUUUGGCUGCAUUACUUCAUAUUCUGGAUAGGCAGAUAGAGUUCACAUCUCGAACAGACUUCUUGUGGAAAGACAAGCUCAAAUUUGAACAGGAAGAAGUGGAAACUAUGAGGGGAAUAAAUAAGAUAUUACUAGAGAAUAUUCUACCGGCUCACGUCGCGCAACAUUUUUUGACGUCCGUCGCUUCUAAGGAGGAGCUAUACCACGAAAGAUAUUCUAGCAUAGCUGUGAUGUUUGCUUCUAUCCCGAAUUACAAGGAGUUUUACGAUGAAACAGAUGUCAAUAAGCAAGGCUUGGAGUGUCUGCGUUUGCUCAAUGAGAUUAUCUGUGAUUUUGAUAAGUUAUUACUCAAACCGAAAUUCAGUUGUAUAGAAAAGAUUAAGACGAUAGGAAGCACGUAUAUGAUAGCUUCCGGCUUAAGACCGGGAAAAGAAGAGCCCAUAGAUGCCACCAGAAAAGAAGAACACACAGUAGCGAUCUUAGUAGAAUUCGCGAUUGCUUUAAUGACGAUAUUGGAGCAAAUCAACCGAGAGUCGUUUCAGAGGUUCAAAUUGAGGAUUGGUCUUAACCAUGGCGCAGUAAUAGCUGGCGUUGUGGGAGCACAAAAGCCGCAGUACGACAUUUGGGGUAACACCGUGAACGUGGCGUCGAGGAUGGAUUCCACUGGAGUUAUGGGAAGAAUACAAGUCACUGAAGACACAGCUAAAGUCUUAAUGAACGCGGGUUAUACCUGUGAAUGCCGAGGUCCUACAUACGUAAAAGGAAAAGGCACUCUUACAACAUACUUCGUAAAAACCCCCAAUAUCGGAGGUGCUUUGUAG